UUUUUAAUGCUCUACAUAACUUAGACUGUUGGCUGUUGUUGCAAAAAUGGCAACUGCUGGGGAUCAAUCUGCGGCAGAACAAUUUACUUGCCCAAUCUGUUUAGAUAUAUUUUCGAAUCCAGUUACUAUUCCAUGUGGACACAAUUUCUGCAUUGCUUGCAUAAAGAGAUUUUGGGAUCGAGCAGACAACAAAGACAACACAUGUCCUGUUUGUAUGAAGACAUUUUCUGAGAGACCAGAACUUGCAGUUAACCAUGUCUUAGAAACAGUGGCAAAGACCAUGGGCAAAUUAAACUCUGGAACUUUGGGAAGACCAGUUUCAUGCCUUGGAUCACUCAUUUUCCCAAACUCUAGAACGCUGAACAUAAAAAAGUCACCGGACGAUCCAGUGGGUAUCAAACAAAACCACUGCAGCAAGCAUAAUGAACCCGUGAGUCUUUUUUGCAGAAAAGACCAGACCUGCAUGUGCUCCUUGUGUGCAUUUCAAGAGCAUGAACACCAUGAUGUGAUUCCUAUUGAAGAAGAAAUACCUAAAAUGAAGCAAGAGCUGGUCAGAAAACAAAGAACUCUCCAAAGCCAUGUGCACUUGGUGAAAAGCGAGAUAAGCAAAGUAAAAGGUUGCAUGGAGUUAAUAAAGAUCUCCGCUGACAAAGAGAAAGAACACGUUGGAAAUGAUUUCGCUGACUUCAUCAAAGCCAUUGAACAAUACCAGAAGAAAGCGAUUGACGAUAUAGACAGUCAAGAGAGGCGUGCACUGAAAAAAGCAGAAGAACAGUUCAAAAGGUUGGAACAGAAAUGCACCAAACUAGAAAAGAAUAUAGACCAUAUUGAGAAGACUCUGAAAAAUGACAAUGGUGUCCAGCUAUUAAAGAAAUGCAAGUCUUUGAAACAGGAACUGCUGGAUUUACCUGCCGUCGAUUUGAAACUAGAUGAGGAAAUUACAUUUUCAGGAGGUUCUGCUCUAAAGAAGGAGCUGCUGGACAUCUGCAACAAGCAUGUGAAUACAAUUUGGAAAGGGGAAGGAGUUAUGUUUACGGUUGAAGUAAACAGUACGUCCAGUCCGAAACAGAAGCCAAAAACAAGGAAGGACUUCAAAAAAUAUGACUGUAAACCUAAACUGGAUCCAAACACAGCACAUGAAUAUCUCUGGGUUUCUCAAGAUAACAGAGAGGUGACAAACACAGAGCCACAUUUACAACCUCAUCCUACCCACCCAGAGAGGUUUUUAAGCUGUUGUCAAGUGAUGUGUCGUGAAGGUUUGAACAAGGGCUGCUAUUACUGGGAGGCUACAAUCCAGGGAAAUCUAAAACUUGGAAUGACAUAUAAAAAAAUAGCAAGAAAGGGGGUUCUUUUGGGAUCUGAUAGAAGCUCAUGGGGUCUUCAAUGGAGCACUGGUUUUUAUGCACUUCAUGGAAAUAGGACCGAACAGUGCUCAGGCAGGUAUUUUCCUGUAAUAGGUGUGUACUUGGAUUAUCCUGAAGGUAUUCUCACAUUUUAUGGAAUUGAAUCUACACAUGAAAUGUAUUUGCUGCACUCAUUCAAAACCAGGUUUACAGAACCCCUUUAUCCCAUAUUGUGUCUAAGUAAAAGCAGCUCUUUACACCUUUAAGAAUACGAAUAAGAAGUAUGCUGGACUCAAAGUAAAAUACAAAAAGUAAAAUGAAAUUCAGCAAAUCGGUCAACUGUUUUUAAAAGGAUGAGGGAACGCUUAAGAUUUUGAGGUGUCUGUCACGUUUAAUUUAAAGAGGUUUUGAUAAAUAAUGUUUUAAUUAAAUUACACAAGUUUGUUUUUACCGAUCUUUUUUUAAUGAAGUUCUGAGUCAAAUUAAACGUAAUACAGCAAACAUUAAAUAGAAAAAUGCAAAAACUUAAAAUAAAUUGUUCAGAAGUGCUGAUAUGUAUAUAUUCAGAUUCAUGUGAGAAUAAAGCAUAUUAACUCUCAAUGUUACUUACAAUGUCUGUAUCACAAGCUGGUUUAUCACAAGCUCUUUUCUGGUUUGGAACGAAAGCAAUCUGUUGCAUUUCCUAACAUUAUCAGCAGGUGUCAGCAGAAAACUGUCUUCCAUCGAAGCUUCUCUGGAUUGAACCAUCGGGCCAAAUGUUGAUUAGAGCCAAUUUUUCUACAUCCCUGCUGCAAUCUGGCUCAUGCUAUGUCUCAGUCAACAAAAAUAUGGCUAAACAGAAAUGUUCCUUGUGGAAGUGAAACCUUCACGCAGGCGUGGCUGUUUGUUAUUGCGUCGGUUCACGAAUGGCCGUCAAGCAUUUUGUCUCGCUCAACUCGGGUCAAAGCUUGUCGACCUACAUCCUGAGGUGGGUUGCUGGGAGAGUGAGUUUGAACUGCAGUACAUGAAGAAAUUAGGAACCAAAAAACAGCAGCAUUUUCCAAAUUGAAUUAUAAAAUACGAGCAAUGAAUACAAAAAUCUUCAACAAAAGAAAAAUGGGGGCAGAGCUAAUAUAGCUAAUAUUAUUAAGAAAUAAGGAAAUUGAUUUAAAACCUUGGUUAGUGCUCCUUAAAAUAGCAGCCAAAACAAGCAAUUAACCAGUACUCUAGUAUUCUGUAAUCAAUAUUGACAAUUAAUAACACUAAAUAAUGUGCAAUGAACAAUGUUGGUACCAGCUGACUGCUAUUCACAUCAUUCACAAUUACAUUGAUAUACAGUAUAUCGGUCGCAAGUAGCAUAAUUGAGGUUUACUUUGAAAAUGUGCAGAAAGUGUUUUUCGGAAGUUAUUUGAACUAUUAGAUAUUGUCCCAUUCUGAUUAAAAAAAACUGUUUCUGAAAA